AUGGGACUUCACAAUGUCUACAGCGAGGUAAACGCUUGAAGUUAUAACUGUCACAGAUUCGCAUAUUUCUUUGCACAAUGAUCGGGAAGGAAAAAUCUGUCUAGUCUAAACGUGAAUGCUUGCAUACAUGACAUGCAUACUCUAGCCCUCUCGCCACCAGUUGCGUCAAAAUUACGUUGAGAUAAAAACCGAAAAUUUGUCAGGGUUCAAUGUUGUAGAGCUCGGCACUCCGUUCAAUAUAAAUAAUAUAUCAAAAUACCUUCGUUGUUAUCGUAGAAGACAACAGUUUACCACGAGCUCUUAGCUAUAACUCAGUAUAAGGGACGUCCCUAUUUACCAUCUCUCUUUAAGACAUCGACACAUGAGGAUCGGGGUUACCAAACUCGACAGCAGCAGAAAAACAAUAAAUCCGCGACAUUUCAUGGAAUUUACGUGAUCAAAUCCAGCUAUUUUACAAUCUUUCUCGGGAAACAAAUCAUCCGGUCUUUCGUGGAAAACAGAGGACGUUCACCUUUUCAAAGUUUACGUGAUAAACUGCAUGGGCAGACAAACAAUCGUUGGGUCAAGGACGUCGUCCCUUUGUGGUCUAAAAAAAACGAGGUCAAAUAUGACAGUCCUCUUGGUUAAGUUAUACAUGUGCUUAUAUUGACUUAUCAUCUUUAGGUUAUCAAAGUUAAUGUUUUAAAUUUGACUUAUUCAUUUUAAGAAUUACACUCUUCUCAAGUAAUACUGGAGCUGAAGAAUUACAGCUAGCUAAAUUAAAAAUGAAGCACAUGGCAUUGGUGGGGUGGGAGCAUUUUAAAAUAAGACUGUUUGGGACUCCUACCGCGGACAAACGACUUUGUCGUUGUCUUCGUAGUAGUUAGUUAGUUGCUGUAGUAGUUGUUGUUGACCUUUUGCUUAAAAUUGGCCUGGGGAGUGAGACACUCAUAGAUAAAUCAUAACUUUUACAGAAAUUCACAAGCUUUCAUGAUUACAAAGCAUGGUUAAACGCAUGAAGACAACGCAAAUCAUUCCGGUUUUUCACGGAAAGAAGCGAGUACGUAAUAUAUAAGUUCCGCUUUUUUACUUUAAUCUUCACUUGUGUCAUUUUUUUUCUGCCACUUAAAUACAGACGAGACCUCCAUUUGACAAGAGACUGAAUAAUAUAUACACCGUGUUGUGUUCAUCUAGCGGGAUCCAAUUUGUACCGGUGAAUCAGUCACAGAUACUGAAUCUGGACAGCACUCCAAUCAUCCUAAAGCUAUGGGCACCAGUUAUUCUUCUGGUACCGACAAACUGAGAGAUUACAGGCCCUCCAACUGUACUUUGGUUAAAAACAGUACAGAGGACGAUCCGUACAGAGAAGCCAGACGUUUCAUCAGUGAAGACACCAAACGCAACUGCUGUAAUGUUGGAAGAGAUAAUUCGGUCCAACGAUGGCAUCUGCCGCGAGAACGGUCCAAGGUGUUCUUAAGGAAGGCUGCUAUGGGGGAAAGCGGUACAACUUUCUACUACCAUGAUGACCUCUUGGGCUCUGAGGAAUUUCCUGGUUAGCACGCUGAAUCACAGUAACAGUUAUUGUACUUGGUCAUAACAAACAAGUCAUUUCAGCAUUUUUCUUUUUAUUCCAUUCAUCGGCAGCGAUAGAUUUCAUUAUAGUCAAACGAGUUCAGUAUUAUUCAAAGACUUCGCUUGUGUGUGACUCUGACUUUUAAUU